CCAAAAUGAUGCAGGUUUAUACUGUUCAUUUUCAGUUUAUCGUUAAAGUUGGUGUUAUAACAUGUCGGAACAGCCAGAGGGACGCAGCUACAGCCAGUGUGGUAACUAGAGCCAGGGAGGCAGCUAUGUGCAACAAAGGAGGAGAACUAGAAAAUAAGUCACGUGCUCAGGAAUAUGGCUAAAGAGAUCCGAGGGCAGUAUGAACCUGUUGCCGAAAUUGGCGUUGGAGCCUAUGGAACUGUGUAUAAGGCGCGGGAUUUACAGAGCGGGAAGUUUGUGGCCCUUAAAAACGUGCGGGUACAGACCAAUGAAAAUGGGCUUCCCCUGUCUACAGUCAGGGAAGUAGCGCUGCUGAAACGCCUUGAACACUUCGAUCAUCCAAAUAUUGUAAAGCUGAUGGAUGUUUGCGCCUCUGCACGUACAGACAGAGAAACAAAAGUUACUUUAGUUUUUGAGCAUGUGGAUCAAGACCUAAAGACUUAUUUAAAUAAAGUUCCUCCUCCUGGCUUGCCACUCGAAACUAUUAAGAACCUAAUGAGACAGUUUCUCUCUGGCUUAGAGUUCCUACAUUUGAACUGCAUUGUGCACCGUGACCUGAAGCCAGAAAAUAUCCUGGUCACCAGCUGUGGACAGGUGAAACUAGCUGACUUUGGCCUUGCACGGAUAUACAGCUGCCAAAUGGCCCUUACCCCUGUGGUGGUAACUCUGUGGUAUCGAGCUCCUGAGGUGCUACUUCAGUCCACAUAUGCUACACCAGUAGACAUUUGGAGCGUAGGAUGCAUAUUUGCAGAGAUGUUCAGGCGGAAGCCUCUCUUUUGUGGGAAUUCAGAAGCUGACCAGCUGUGCAAGAUUUUUGAUAUGAUUGGACUCCCCUCUGAAGAGGAAUGGCCAGAAGAUGUCACUUUGCCACGCUCGGCCUUCUCACCACGGAGUCAGCAGCCAAUAGAGAAGUUUGUUCCUGAAAUUGAUGCGAUGGGGGCUCAGCUUCUGCUGGAAAUGUUAACAUUUAACCCCCUGAGACGCAUAUCUGCAUCACAUGCUCUACAUCACGCCUUCUUCUCCGAGGAAAUCGAGGCCUGCGCCACACCGGAACCAUUCCCACACGCACGAGCCACAGCAGACGAAGUGAAAUGAAUGCUGGACACGUCUGCUUCUUACUUUUUAGAUUAUGAAUAGAAAAUUGUUGAUUUAUGAUCAUGACACUAAACAAGCCUUGUUCUGUGCAAUACAUCCGCCAUUGAAAGGUUUUUCAGAUGAAAGGUGAGCUAGUGACUGACAUUGUUCAAUGCACUGACUGGCGCUGUGCCGUCAUAUAUAUAUUAAGCUGUUUUAUGGCACCAAUGCCAUGUUUUCUCCAGAUCAAUAAGUUAGGCCAUGACAAUGUGCCCAGUUUGAGUCACAGAUUAAAAAACAAACUUUUAUACAUGUUGAAAACCUUUUACAAUAGUCUUUUCUAGACCUUUUCCAGAUUUUUUUCAUCUUUUUAAGCAAUAGUUUUCUAACGUGAACUAAAGACUGAAUUGCAGCAGCAGCUCUGGUUACAGAGGGACCAGAUGGGAGAUUGGAUGAACGAUCACUGGCUUUGGGACCCCUUGGCCUUCCAGCUGUUGCACUAAUCUCCUGCCAGGGGCUAUCGGGGCAGGCUGGAACUUGUAGUUUCACAACAGUGAAGUGUACACGUUGCCUACUUCUUUGGCUCAUGUUCUACUAUUAAAGACUUUUAAUGUUCACGUGUUUCUAUAAACUGUUAGGUAAACUGGUUUCUAUGUGUAUGCGGCUAGAACGUGCCCCAAUGUGGAUUUUACCUGUGGCAUAUUUCAGAAGUCAUUUGAUACAUUGUAUGUAAUGAAAUGUUUUUUUUAUGCAGAUAGUAGCAGAACUUGUUAGAACUGCAACAUCACAAUAUAAAUAUGAUGGGAAAAAAGCAAUACAGCUGAAUAGGUAAACCAGUGUUUCUCAUCCAGGGUGCCUCCAGCUGUGGCAAAACUACAACUCUCAGCAUGC